CGCUGACGGUGCCCUCACCACCACGACUCCAAUGAUCCAUCCAUAACUAGAAUAGGAAUCUUGUCCACCAAUCAAGUCCAUAUCUCUCGUCGAGCGUUGCUCGUUUUCUCCUCUGCAGAACACAGGAGGGUUCAUCAAGAGUGGACAGAGACACUCAUGCUGAAUUUUCACGAAGUAUGGAGGGUCUGUCCAUAAAGACGGUCUGUGUCCGGGCAAGUAUCGGCAGCCUCAAUCGCAUGAGCCCCCUAACACCCGUGGAAGCGUUGUAUGGAGGGAAAAUCGGUUGCGCGGGAAACACAAAGGAAAAGAGAGAAAGGAGCAUGGUAGUUUUGCUCCAAUGGUUGUUGGAAAUGGCGCUGGCGAUGCGCGCACCCGCAGUCACGAGCAACAAGCUUUGUCAGGUCGUGACGAGACUCCUGAAAAGUCUACCAGUGCUCGUCUCAGUUCACGCUAAACGUGGGUCUGCAUCCUCCGCACAAGUACGCCCACAGGUUGUCACGACUCAGAAUUAUUGUCUAUUGCUUACUAUGCAUUGGCUUUACUGGAGCAAGUGCCCUUGUCUUCAGAUUCUGGUUCGUUGGAUGACUUUGAUUCGGGUUCAGACUUGGGGAAAUUGUCUUAUUUUACCGACUCAUCUUUGGAUUUCUGAUGGUGUGCCUGGCACUCACCUAGUUCAUAGAGGGCCUACAGCAAGGGCUAUAGUCAGGGCCUGUCUUGCGCAGCUACAUAACAGGCACUAUACACAGGAACGUGAUUGCAGCUACGAGCGAGUCCGAUGCCGUGAAGACUUGUGUCUACCAUCUUUCCCUCGUCGUUCUCCCUCACCUCGUUGGUGCUGAUGAUCACAUGAUGGGAAGGCGAGACUCGCCAUCCUAUCGCCGUCAUGAUUCACCCCCGCAUCGAUCGCACAUGAAUGAGACAGAGAAUGGGAUUGUGGAAGGCCAUAUGCCGAUGGAUGUGUCAUCCGCUGUAGGUCGGUGAGGUGGACUACUGGAAAAUUGAUAAGGGCUCAGCGAACAGGCCUACCUUGUAAUUCUUUGGCAGGAGAGUGGGAGAC